GAAACCAUGAAAAUGAAGCCCUACCUGACUUCGAAGUUGACCCUGAGGGAUGUCCUGAGCAUUGACUUAGAGAAUCUUCAUGACAAGCCAGCUAAAACUGUAGAGGAUCUUCCUUGGAAUUACUUAAGGAAACUCAUGGCCUUGAAUCAAACUGCUAGAGAGAUAUUGCUUGACAAAGAUCAGUCUGUUGAUGAUGAUGAUGAUGACAAUAACCUAUUUAAUGCCUUUUCUAUUCAGGGUGAAACUAAUUCCUCAAAUUUCAUUCACCCCCUUGAUGUCCUGUGCGUCCUCCUGCAUUGUUCAGGCAGUUUUUUACAACAAGAGAUUGUAACCAAAAUGGCCAUGUGUCAGUUUGCUGUCCCUCUGCUGCUCCCUGCUGGUGACGGGUCACACUGCACCUUCAUGCUUUGGGCAAUGAGGGACAUUGUGAAGAAGUGGAGACCUCAGUCACUAGCUGACAGUAAAGGGUUUAAGGAAGAAAAUGUGGUCAAUGUACCUAUGCCGAUUUACUCCUUUGUCCGGCUGGGAAAAACUAAAUUGUCAAAAUCUAAAACCCUAAAUCAAGUUCUGAAUCCAGUUCAGCUACAUAACAACUUCUUCAUCCAUGACAAUAUGGAUGGAGGAAACCUCAAGAGGAAAAUGUCUGAUGGACUGGUGGAAAUGUCCUGGUAUUUUCCCUGUGGUAAGUCUGAUGUUUUCCCCGAGCCCAUCGCAGUGGCCAACCUACGAGGAGACCUGGAGGCCAACUGGGACCAGUUCAUGUUUCUCACUCGAGUUUCAUCAGCUGUAUUUAUAUUCAUUGAGAGUAUUUCUGAGGAAGAAUUCAGACUCUUAUCAUCCUGCAGCAACACUGACACCAAGUAUUACUUCAUCGUUACUCCAGGUCCUGGGAAAACAGUAAGUACGCAGACAUUGGAGACUCUUCAAAACUUAAGUCCAGUUCUCAAGUUAAAAAAAUCAAAUGUGAUAUUAUACGCAGGCAAGGCAAAUGAUGCAGCAUUUGUAGGCAAACUUCAAAGCAGUAUGGUAAAUUUCUUACACAAGAACAUGAAGAGAAUUAUUAUGACAGAUCUAGGGAAGGAAGCAAUAAGAUUCAAAAUCCAUGUAGACGAAAGCGAUCAUGAAUGCCAGAAAGCCAGAGAACUUGCCAGCAGCAUAACAGAAGAAAUAAAAGAUGUUGCUGAUUACAAACAAAGCACAAUGAUAUUACAAGGAGAUCUCUGGAAACGCCUUUCCAAAGUAGAAAAGGAACUUUCCAGAAUGAAAAACCAAGGGGGCAAAGAUACACAUCAGUAUCAAGAUGCACUGACACAGAAACAUUCUUCAAUACGUGAGAAGCGAAGCAAGCAUGAUCUGUCUCACCGUAUAAUGCUUUUUAUUGACGCGCUCACUCAGCUCUCUAAAACUGGGAAACAAUAUUUCUUGAAAUGGAUGAAAAUUGAACUCGACUCAAUUACUAGAGAACAUCUUUCUGAACUUCAAGCUUUAUACAAAGAAAAAUGUAACGACAAGACAAUUAAUAAGGAAGAGCUUAAAAGGACAGACCAAAAAAUCUCCGACAGCUCUUUAGGAAUUGAACAUUUCCUCCGUGAGAUGGGGCAGUAUUAUGAGGCCGAAUAUUUUAUGCUUAAAAAAAAUAAAAUAGCUCAAAAACAUAGACAGUUUACUGGGCUGCCAGGAAUUGCUUCCGACCUCUUGAUGGAUGGGUUCCCAUUGGAGUUGAUAGAUGGAGAUGCUUCCAGUAUCCCCCUACAAUGGAUUACUGAUGUCCUGACUGAGCUAGACACCAAAAUGGGAAGAAAAUGCAGAAUAAGAGUAAUCACAGUGCUGGGAGUGCAGAGUACGGGGAAAUCUACUCUUCUCAACACCAUGUUUGGUCUGCAGUUCCCGGUGGCCAGUGGAAGAUGUACACGAGGAGCCUUUAUGACUCUUUUGAAUGUGAAAGAAAACCUCCAGGAGGAAUUGGGCUGUAGGUUCAUCCUAGUAAUUGACACUGAGGGUCUUAAAGCUCCAGAGUUGGCCUCUUUGGAAGGAAGCUAUGAACAUGACAAUGAACUGGCCACUCUGGUUGUUGGGUUGAGUGAUAUCUCAAUAAUUAACAUGGCCAUGGAAAAUACAACAGAAAUGAAGGACAUUUUACAGAUUGUGGUCCAUGCAUUUCUGAGAAUGAAAGAAGUUGGGAAGAAACCCAACUGCCAGUUUGUACACCAAAAUGUGAGUGAUGUGUCAGCUCAUAAUAAAAACAUGAGAGACCGGAAGAAACUUCUGGAACAGCUGGAUGAAAUGACAAAAGUAGCUUCUAAGAUGGAAGAGAAAACCGAGAUAAACCAUUUCAGUGAUGUGAUGGACUACAACCUGGAGAAAGACAACUGGUACAUUCCUGGGCUUUGGCUUGGGGUCCCACCGAUGGCUUCAAUAAAUUCUGGGUACAGCGAGCAUGUGUCUGAAUUGAAAAAACAUUUAUUGGACUUCGUGAAAUGCAAGAGGUCACUGCACAGGCCUCUAACCAUCCCUGAAUUUAUAACAUGGAUAGAAAGUUUAUGGACUGCUGUUAAACACGAGAAGUUCAUCUUCAGUUUCAGAAACAGCCUGGUGGCGGACGCUUACAACAAACUGUCUAUACAGUACUCACAAUGGGAAUGGGAUUUCCAAAAAGCCGUCAGUGAUUGGAUGAUCUGCGCAGAGACAAACAUUAGGAACGAGAAUGCAGAAAGUCUAACUCAUGAACGGCAUUUAACAUUCGAGAAUGAGCUGAAAAGUUUGUGUCUCAGUGAAGAAGAAAAAAGUUUGGAUUUGCUCGAAAACUAUUUUGAAAAUAAACAGGAAAACGUUCACCUGAUAGAACGUUACAAGGAAGAUUUCGUUUUGAGCAUUAAGUCGCUGAAGAAAAAACUGGAAAGAAACGCUCUUGGCAAAUAUGAAGAGGUUGUUUCUAUCCAAAAAGGAAAGAUGAAGAUUCAGAAUAUGCAGUGUAACUCCCAGAAGUCAAUUGAAGACAAGAUCACAGUUCUCCUUACAGUGAGCGCAAAGAACAAUCAGAAGCUAAGCGAUGAAGAGUUACAGAAGGAAUUUGACAAGAUGUGGGAGAAGACCCUGGCUGAUCUACAGAUAGAGAAAAUAGAAAGACGAGUUGUUAGUAAAUCUAUGCUACAGGAACUGAUCAAUGACAUGAGUAAUAAAGGAUCAGCUGUCCAAGAAUUAUUACUCAUGAAGGACUUAGACAAGACCGUGCAACUGGAAUUUAAAAUAGAUAAAAAAUAUAUCAAAGAUGGAUUGCUCCAGAGAUUCAUUGGCGCUAAGAGCCAUGAACCCUAUGAAAAAAUUAAACGAUUUUCGGCUUGGCUAAUAUCUAAGUGUGAUGCAUACGUCAGAGAGAAGGCGCAAACUGCAGAAGAUUAUAAUGACACUUACUGCAAGGAAAUACUUCACAUCAGCAACACGGAGCUGACCAAAGAAUCCAAAAAUCUCAACUACUCCCAACAUUUUGAAUUGGAUAUCAAGUGCCACAUUCUUACAAGAGCAUCCGGAGAGUUUCAGGUGAUACACGACAAGUUCAUUAAAGAAAACGACCCAAAACUGUGUCUGGAGAAACUGAAGCCUCAGUAUUUAUCAACGUUUAUCAACACAUUUCAGGAGAAAGACAUAUGUCAGACUAAGGCCAAAGAGUUUUGUGAGCAAUGCCUUAAAGCAGCCAUGAAGGAUUAUGUUUUCAAGCACCUUGGAAAAAAAAUUGUAGAUGACAUCAUGCAAAGUUCAGGCAAUAGGAAAUUCAGUAGCAGAACCUUUUUUCAAAGUUUUCUGCUGAAGAUGUUGCUGGAAAAAAUGUCAUUCCAGGAAUACCUCAAAUAUAUUGGCUCCUAUGAAGAAUAUACCAAAGACUGGAUACUGAACUACAUUGAAAACAAAUAUGCUAAUGCGCAAACCCUGAAAACCUUAGAAGAGAAUAUUCUCCUUGAAGUGAGCAAGGAAGUAAAGGCAGCUCUUGAGGAAGACCAAAGUCUUAAAUCUCCAUCUGUUGAGAGGUUUCUGAAGAGUGUGUGUGAGGGGCUAAAAAACCUAUUAGUGAUUCCCCAUUCUGCAUUAAAAUUGGUCACUUUCCAGAACAAGGCUGCCGUUGGCCAAUUUUCUUCUGAUAUUCAACUCUUCCUCCAAGACACAGAAUCAGAAAUCUUGUCAGAGCUGCAAUCUAUGAAUAUAAAGUCUGUACUCUCCAGGGUGACAAUGAAGCCUCAGGAUGAAUUGUUCAGGAAGGUUGUUGGCUGCGGGAAGCAAUGUCCAUUCUGUAAAGUACCCUGUGAGGCCGGAGGUGAUGAACACAAGGAGCACUUUGCCACUAUCCAUAGACCUGAAGGACUGGGGAGAUACAGAUGGCUUUUUAGUGGAGACUUGUCAACUAAUAUAUGUAGCUCUUCUGUUGUAUCUGAUGUUAGAUUUAGAAAUUUAGAAACAAAAGGCAAACCACACCCAUUCAAGGAGUAUCGUACAUACUUUCCAGAUUGGUCCAUACAACCAGAUCCCAGCAUUGAAUCCUCAGAUUACUGGAAAUACAUAUUUGCGCAGUUUAAUAUGAUGUUUGCUAAAGAAUAUAAUGCAAGGCCAGCAAAUCUACCUGACAGCUGGAAAAACAUCACCAAAGAACAAGCUCUGGAAAGUUUAAAGAAAAGCGUCAACGUUGAGAAAUCGCGCAGCAGCGAUGACACCCUGUGGACAAGGUAG